AGCGGGGGUUUCCGCGUCUGCGCAAUCCCGCGGUCUGCUCCGCUCCGCUCGUCCUCCUCCUGCCUGGUGUCCCAGUGAGGACCCUCGGACCCCCACAUGGACCCCCACGCGUUCCUCUACGACGCCCCCCCGGACGUGCUGGAGGGCUUCUACCGGAUCAUGGACACCGGGGGGGACACCCUCGGCUGGCGCGGACUGGCUGUCCGCAUCCUGCCCACCUACUUGGAGGUGCGCAUGUUGGAGCGCCUGGAGGCGGCGGGCCGCAGUCCCACCAGGGAGCUGCUGUGGACCUGGGCCCAGCAGAACUCCAGGGUGCGGGACCUGGUGAAGGUGCUGGAGGACAUGGGCCACCACCGGGCCCUGCAGCUGUUCCAGGGUCUGCCUCAAGUGAGGUCGUCCGGAGAGAAGCAGCCGCACGUCAUCACUUUGCGUGACGUCAUAAGAGGAACCUGCAGUUUUCAUCCUGAGAGGAGAAUCGCAGAGGGCCACUUCUCUAACGUCUACAGAGCACAGAUUGGAAACGCCACGUUUGCGGUGAAGCUUUUCAAGCAGAUAAACAGUGUGUCCUGGAAGAAGCUGUGGGAUGUCUUCAGAAAAGAAAUGGAAAUUCAUCACACGUAUCAGCAUCCAAACAUCUUGGACUUGUUGGGCUGUUUCUCCGACAAGGACCACUACUGUCUGGUCUACCCGUACCUCCCCAAUGGAUCGCUGUUCCACAGGCUGCACCAGCAGGUACAGGACGGAGAGCUCCCUCUGUCUUGGGAAGAGCGUCUCGCCAUCAUCAAGGGAAUGGCGAAGGCUCUGCAUCACCUCCAAACGGCCCAGCCCUGCCCGGUGGUCUGUGGCAACAUCUCCAGCACUAACGUACUCCUGGAUGAUGCCCUGCAGCCCAAGCUGUCUGACUUUGGGUUGGCCCGUCUGCGUCCUCAUUCAGCCACUCAGUACUGUACCGUCACUCUCGACACGAGUUCCCACAGCAACCUGGGAUACCUCCCAGAGGAGUACAUCCGGGACGGCAAGCUGUCCGCCAGCCUGGACGUUUACAGCUUCGGAAUGGUCAUAAUGGAAACAGUCACAGGACGGAAGGUCAAAGAGGAGGCACCUCAACAAAUGCUGCUGAGAGACUUGCUCGUCACGCAGGUGGAGGAGAGCGGCGGUGUGGACUCUUGUCUGCGGUUUUUGGACAGGACGGCUGGCCAGUGGCCGGCGGCCAUGGCCGUCAGCCUCCUGGCUCUGGCCCUGGACUGCGCGGCCGGCCGCCCCCGCCACAGACCGAGCAUGGAGAACGUCCUUCUGGCGCUGAGCCAGCUGCUUCCUCCACCUAGAUGCCCGCCUGCCGACCAGCCCCGCAGCCUGGACGACGGAGCCCCUGUCAACGCCUCGCAGAGCCCACCGUCCUCCGUGCCCGCGGAGCAGGACGAGCAGCGCAGCCUCCCCGGCUCGGCGGCGCCGGCGGGGCCCUGCGAAUGCAGCCAGUCGGAGGUGACGUACCUGAGCGACACUACGGGCGCCCAUGGUGAGGCGGAACCCGACCUGUACAGCAGCUGGCCGGUGGAGUGCAGCUGCUCGGCCGAGGCGGCUGGCCUGGCCUGUGAGGACUGCAGGGCCAACAUGUUGACCUCUGACGUCACAGGGAGUCCUCAGUCAGACUCGAGCAUGGUGGAAAACGAAGCCAAGAGCAGACUGAGGAACAAGCUGAGUCUUUAUGACAAAGGACUGAUUCACACGGAGGAGCUGUUCUCUGAGACGGGGCUGCAGGAGAGGGUCGAAUCCCUGCAACUGUCUUGACAACAUUUUCGUGGGAUGGUUUGAGUGCUUGUGUUUCUGUCUGUUUCCUACUGUAUGAUCCCCUUAACCUGUGAGCUACUAGCUACUCUUGUUGGUCAGGAGGUAGAGCGGGUUGUACGCUAACCAGUAGGACAGUGGUUCAAUCCCUGGCUUCUCCAGUCUGCAUGCUGUCUGCAAGUGUCCGUGGGCAAGACAACCCCUGACAAACGUCUGGCAGAUCUUAAAGAAAAGAAGAAGAAAUUCAAAGAGUACAGAUCGGGCUUAUUCCUUGGUGUUUUCCCGGAAAAACUCACUGGAAAUAUGUCUAUGAAAUUUUCAAUUGGGAAUUCUUCAAUGUCUGCAUUCACCCUGCUAAAAGAAUGUGUCCACAUGCGAUCACCUGAGAUGGAUGUUAAUUCCAGGUCUGACGCCGGGAAAUGUUUUCAUAACUCCGAAAGUAAUUAAACAUACAAAACUGGCACCGCGUUGGCACUGCAGUCAGUGACGCGCCUACCUCUAGGUCUUCUAAUAAAUAAGACAUUAAGAGUAGACUGAUAAUAUGCACCAAAUUAUAUAAACGGAUAAAUCUCAAUACCGUGAAUAUGUCCGAUUGUUUUUGUAUUUUUUUUAUUAUUGAGGUAGGAGGAAAUAACAUGACUUUAGAUAAUAUAAAUACAUAAAGGCCACAGACUGUAGCGGCAGAGUUUAGGACCAAGACAGCAGCCAGCCACCAGGGGGCGAUCCAGGCAGUAUAGAUACCAGAGAACAAAUCAGUGUUUUAGUAUUAAAGUAAAUAUUCAUUAUUGUUACUACUACUAUAAUUGGCAUUAUUAGAAUUAUUGCCUCCAUUCAUGUUAGCAUUAUUUUUACACCUUUACUCUAUGAUCAUGAACAUUUUACCACCACUAUAACUUUUUUUUUUUGAGAAAUACCCGGGGACGUUUUCAUCACCAGAGGAUCUGUGGAGAAAUGUUUUAAUAAGGUCUCUGUGUUGUUUGAAAUAUGAAAGAGAACACAGCCGCUAAGCAGAACAUGGUGAACGUCUGGCAGCACGUUGCAGUUCACUUCCCGCCUGUAAGACGAGCCGUCCCCCUGGGCUCAGGUCCAGUGUGGCUGAUGCACAUGUUGUACUUGUGGUCGGUGCUAAAGACGGACGUAGACGUGCGAGAUUCAACGUGACGUCGAACAGAAUCAAACAGCUUCACAUUGGUCGUCUGCCCCGCUUGUAUUUCCAGUAAGAUGUUUUUCUUAGAUUUUACUUUAAUGAAAUGAAAAGAACAACAAAAGUUGAAAAUGCUCCUCUCAAUGUGAGGUUACCGGUGGGGACUGUACAUGUGUUUUUCCUGGUGAAGUUGACAGCGGCUGUGAGCACCACAGACACUAUGGAUGAAUGAUCUUUCUACUUUGUUUGUAUAUGUAAGGGAAUCAUUUUUCAUACAUCACACAUAAGUGCUACACAAUAAAAAACGUUGAGUAUUAAAGCGUCAA